GAAUAAUCCCAGCUUGUCUCCAAGUAUAGGCAGCACCCAAAGCCGGCAAGCAGGCGUCAGCCACCAUCUUCCCUUCUCCUAGCUAGCUUGUCUCCUGGCCCUCCGCCCCUCCAUUGCCGCGGCCUUUAUGUAGCCCUUGGCCUUCCGCUCCUUCGCCUCCUUUCCCCACCAUUCCCAUGGUGGCCCCCCUCGCCUCCUAAACCCUUCACGCACCAUCUCGCCGAGGACCAGGGCGGCCACCACCUACCCCGCUUCGCCUUCAUUCGCCACCGCCACCUGCGUCGCCGGCAGCCGCCUCAGUCGGCCGGCCGCCUUUCGGUCCUUGCGUGCCCAGGGGCACGGGCGGCGCAUUUUACAAUACAAUGCCUUCAAAUUGUGCCGUAGUAGUAGUUAUCGCCAUCUUUGUUGUUGUUGUUGUUAUCCUCAGCGCCAGCCACGCGGUCACCGGCGCCCGCGUUGGCACCAUGAUGAUCCGGCAGCCUUCGUCCGUCCUCAUGUUCAGGGAGGCGCCCGCGUUCCGGAACGGGCCCGAGUGCGACGGCGACGGCCGGGUGGACAUCGCCAUGACGCUGGACGCCAACUACCUCCGCGGCACCAUGGCGGCGGUGCUGUCCAUCCUGCAGCACACGGCGUGCCCCGAGAGCGUGGCGUUCCACUUCCUGACCGCCGACGCCGACGCCGACGACCACGUCGGCCUCGCCGCCGCGCUGCGCGCCUCGUUCCCGUUCCUCGACCUCCGGGUGUACCGCUUCGACCCGUCCCGCGUCCGCGACCGCAUCUCCCGGUCCGUCCGGCAGGAGCUGGACCAGCCGCUCAACUACGCGCGCGUCUACCUCGCCGACACGCUCCCGCCGGACGUGCGCCGGGUCACCUACCUCGACUCCGACGUGAUCGUGGUGGACGACGUCCGGACGCUGGCGUCCGUCGACCUCGCGGGGCACGUGGUGGCGGCGCCCGAGUACUGCCACGCCAACUUCAGCAACUACUUCACGGACGCCUUCUGGUCGCACCCGGCGCUCAACGGCACCUUCCACGGCCGCCGGCCCUGCUACUUCAACACGGGCGUCAUGGUCAUGGACGUCGACAAGUGGCGCGCCGGCGGGUACACGCGCAGGGUGGAGGAGUGGAUGGCCGUGCAGAAGCGCCGCCGGAUCUACCACCUCGGCUCGCUGCCGCCGUUCCUGCUCGUCUUCGCGGGGCACAUCAGGGCGGUGGACCACCGGUGGAACCAGCACGGGCUCGGCGGCGACAACGUCGAGGGCCGCUGCCGGGGCCUCCACCCGGGCCCCAUCAGCCUCCUGCACUGGAGCGGCAAGGGUAAGCCGUGGCUCCGCCUCGACGCCCGGCGGCCGUGCUCCGUCGACUACCUCUGGGCGCCCUACGACCUAUACCGUUACUCGUCGCCGGUGAUCGACGAGUGGUGAGCCGUGACGUGUACGUGAGCAUGCAUGCACCACCGUACCUGAGCUACUAGCAAUGGUAAUUAACGUAGGACAGUUGUUGCAGAGGGAAGAGGCGCCAUAACAAUGCAUGCAUGGCUAUA